AUGCGACAGUAUUUCGACCUCUGCAAGACUGGCGCCAUCACACAACUUCCACCCGCUGGAUAUGAGCCCAAGCCGCAUGUCUAUCCAGCGACCACACUCCGUCAUCCUGAAUGGCUAUGGCGAGACUGGUUCGAGGUCAACGUCCUGCGACUGCCUGUCGAGUCACAUAGUGACAGUAGCGCUACUACGAAGUACCUUGGUGAUAGUGAUAUGCUAGUCUUCAGCAACGCGAUCACUAAGGUACGCGAGAAAGCCUAUGAGGCAUUGUCAUCACGCUUCAACAUCACCAUACUCGAGGAUCGACCUUAUGCGAUGAUCGCAUGGCCAAGCUUUUUCUUCACCAUUAUCGCGCAGUGUGAUGCUCUCAUGGAGCCGAUCCCCGCCUGGCAGCGUCUGGACAAUUCCUACAAGAGCCUGAACAUCGCGACUGUACCAUCUGACAAGCCCCAGAGCUGGGCCGCGGAAGUGCAGAAAAUCACUGAUGGCGUUUUGCAGCGAACAUGGAGCUCGUCUGACAAGACUUACUCCGUGCCAGUCAUUCUCACUGGCAGCGCCUGGCACGAGACUGCGGUCGAGGAGCUCCGGCGAGCACCCGAAUACUCGAGCCAGGACUUGAGCGUAGCCCAGCUUCCUCAGCCUGCAUAUGCCUCCAGUAUGGGCGCAGCUGCAAUGGCUCGCAUAUCAGAGCCUGUCUUCAGCAACAACUUUGCAGCGAGCAUACCGGAAACUGCUCGCGAGGUCGAGUUCACCGCCGCGAUUGAGUACUGGUACCACGAAGAGCUGUGA